ACCUUAUCAUCUCGGCCGGGAGGGCUCUUUUUCUGGGGUCUGAAUGUCUGAUACAUCAGGCCUUCGACAUUUGAAACAACUGGUUUGUCACCGCGGAGACCUCAGUUUCCCUGGGACUCAAGGUUUAGUAAGCCGCGGCUGCCCUUUUGUAAUCUUUACCUCGCUGGAUUUUGUGAGAAUGCAAUGACCUUGGAAAACAAGCAGGUCACACACUGGGCCAGUGACUGACCCUGGGCCUUCACGUGCUGCAGGAGGAAUGGUGGCCAAGGGCAGACUGCUUGGGGAGAGGGAUGCGGCACCUGAAGCUCUGGGGUUGACUCCAGCCCCUUCCAGAAGCCUCCUGAGUCACCAACCCCAGGUUCUCCAGAGUGGCUGUGUCCUGGGCUCCCUGGUGCUGCUUAGCCUGCUCUGGCAGCGUGUGGUGACAGGGGCUGCCCUUGAGAGCCGCCGCCAAGUGUAUAUGUCCUCCCGGCGGGCUGAUUGCAACAGAGCCUCACUCACUCGAGUGCACCGGCAGACCUACGCACGCCUCUACCCUGUGCUCCUGGUCAAGCAGGAUGGUUCCACCAUCCACAUCCGCUACCGGGAGCCUCGACGGAUGCUCACAAUGCCCGUGGACCUGGACUCUCUGUCCCCAGAGGAGAGGCGUGCACGGUUCCGGAAACGAGAGGCCCAGGUCAAAGAGAAGGAGGAGGAGGAGCCAGAGCUUGGUGACGACUUUGAUGUGGAGCAGUACAAGCAGUUUUGGACCAAAAAGUGAUGGUGCCUGGAAGCUGCUCUGACCGAGGGGGAUACUAUGGAGCAGGGAGGGGCAUGUGUUUUUAAAUCAUGUGUUCACGAA